AUGUACUUGCCCUAUUCAAAUUGACCUAAGCGUAAGCGUACUAACGAAGUUUUGCUAGGCAGAAAUGAACUCUAGAGAAAGUUCCCUAUAAGAUGCUCGCGCUGAUGAAGUAACACUAGCAAAACUUCACCAACGUUCAGCUGCAGAGAUGCAACUUAGUAUUUUAGUGAAUUAGCGUAGUAGUAGCGAAUUUGCGUCUGACGAAGUGGUGCGAAGUGUGGUGGAGUCUUUGCAGGCGAAAAUUCGCCCUUUAGUGAAUUUGCCCCGCUGUCUUUUGAGUACAGCAAAGUUUUCUGCACAAAGUGAGCAACGCAAGCUCCAGUUCUCUAUAGGAAAUGUCCAGUAUCGUUAUUUUCAGCCAUUUAGGGGCAGAUUUAUCAAAAGGUGAGUUUAGAGCUUAAUACAUAAAAAUUCACCCAAGUUCUAUUCAUUCUAUUCAUUCCUAGGGGAUUUUUAGAAUUGAAUCAAUGUGUGAAAGUUAUGGUUCUAUAAAUCCCAUAGGAAAGAAUAGAAUGUGGGUGAGUUUUUAUUUACUAAGCUGUAAACUCAUAUUUCGAUAAAGUUAACCCUUAGAGUAGAGACUAUUGUCUGUUCUUGCAAGUAUUGCCGUAUGAGAAGUGAUUUGCUACAUGCAGAGAACAGCUGAGGCUUCCCCUCUGCAGCUUUCUUAUAUGAGCUAGUUCCCAGUAAUUUUGCCUUUCCCAUUGCAGCUGUACUGUACGUAGAAAAUGCUGUAAUAUAUCCUACAACAAUGCUGCCCCGCCUCCACAGAGGUAUGUGCUGUUCUCUGGGCAAAAAUAAGGAAAUGAACACUAAUUUCAACACAAACUUUUCCCUUUGUCAGUUACAUUACACUUUCUGCACUGCCUGCCUGUAUGAGAACUUUUCUUUUGGGUCUGGGCUGUAAUGGAGUGGAGAAUAUCUGUUUCCUGGUCUACGGUGCUGUAAAUGAUCUAUGUUCUAAAUAUGUUUCAGCAAUUACUCUGAAACAAGCCAGUUUAUAUUUUCAAGUUGGAUGAACCCAGUUCAUUGCAUGUGGAUUUAAAGAAUAAGCAUACAAACGUAUAUAUAGAAGGUCAUGGCGAGGACCUGGAUCGAACCAGUGGUGGUUGGUGCCCAGAUGGCCAGCUCAUUUUAUGACACAGGACUUCUUUUAGUGGUGAAGACACACUACAACCAAUCAUCUUUAUCUUCUAACAGCACCAGUGAUGAUCAACUGCAGAAUGCCAUUUCAAACUUUUACCUGAUCCACAAUCUGAUCUUGUCACUGACCCCAUUUCUUUCUGCCUACGUUCUGUCCAACAUUGGUGAUAAGAAGAACAGAAAGGUCCCAAUAUGUGUGCCACUACUUGGCUACUUUGUAUCACGGAUGUUUCUUCUCUUUGUCAUUCUAUUUAAUUGGCCCAUAGAGGUCAUGUAUGGCUCUGCUGCUCUGAAUGGUUUGACUGGCUUUUUUACCACGUACUGGGCUGGAGUUCUGGCAAUUGCAUCCCUGGGCUCUUCUGAGAGCAAACGAUCAGUUCGAUUUAUUAUCAUUGAACUGGUCUAUGGAGCCGCUGGUUUUGUAGGCAGUUUGGUAUCUGGCCAUAUAUUUAAGAAUUUUGAAAUUGCAAAUCAGAAAGGUUCUGUCCUGGUAAUCCUCAGUCUUUGCUUUUAUGCCUUCUCUCUAUUGUAUUGUCUAUUUAUUUUUAAAAUCCCUAAAAUUGAAGGAACUGGACCAGAAUACUCUAGGCAGAGACUAAACAGUGAAACACAAAUUAGCCCCAAUGUACCAACAGAAACUUCCACAUUGCUCAUGAAAGAUCCAACUGAAGCAUCAGCAGUAGUAGAAAACAGUGCAACCAUGACUUAUUUUUCGAAGCUUUUCCUUUUCCUCCUCUUCUUCAGUGGCAUCUUGUAUAAUGCUGCAGUAAGUGGUGCUGUGGACGUGCUUCCCUUCUUUAUCAUUAAUAAACCCCUAAACUGGGGUGCAGUAGAAGUUGGUUAUGCUAACGCUGCUGGCUACCUCAUAUUUGUCACAAGCUUUUUGGGAGUAUAUUUUUUCUCUAAAUGUUUACCAGAUUUCAUCAUGAUUGGAAUUGGCAUUUUGUCCUUCAGCCUUGGUAUAUUCAUCAUGGGAUUUGUGCAAUGGACCUUCUUGUUUUAUAUUGCUCGAGCUGUAAUGAUGUUUUCACUGAUACCUCUACCAACGAUUAGAUCUGUAAUAUCCAAACAAGUGCGAGGAACAUCCUAUGGUAAAGUCUUUGUUGUACUGCAGCUUUCAUUAUCUCUCACACAUGUGAUUACUUUAAUUGCAUUUACCAAGCUUUACCAAGCCUCACUUGACUGGUUCCGCGGAUUCUGCUUUAUCCUGGCAAGCAUAAUUGCUCUGCUCAGCCUCAUUCCUAUCAGCAUUGCAGCAUAUAUGCGUCGGUCAAGACCACCAAUAUGAGCCGUGCAAUAAACUGAAUUUGCUGAAACCUUUGCACUUCUUUGUCUUGAAAUGAAAUAAAAAACUUACUAAUA